CAAAGCUAGCAAACCAUUUCGCCGCCCUCCGAUUUCGAAAGCCUCGCCGUCGCCGACUCUCUUCGUCCUCCCUUCGCGGCGAGCCAAGCCGCCAUUGCUGCGGCGCUCCUCCGUCGCGUCAACCCUCCCCCCCCCCCUCUCGCCCACUCCCCAGCGGCUUCCUCCCACCGUCUCCUCCUCGCCGGACCCCGCCACCGAUGGAUCCCGCGGCGCCGGGGAGGUUCGAAACCCUCCAAAAGUCAUUCAAGAGCGCUUCCAGGUGCCUCCUCACGGCAUGCUCCCGCGAGGUUGUCAACAGGGCUUUCCCGUCGUUCACGGAUGCCGAGAGGGAGCGCCUGUACCGAAUGCUCGCCCGCGUGAUGAAGGCUAUGCAUGCCAACAUAGAGGAGGAGUUUGACGAAGUCUGCCAAGAAAGACAGGUCGUUGCUGCCCUUGACAUGAUAGAUGACUUUGAUGAAGAGCAAAAUCUGGAUGUAUUAGCUUCAGAGAAGACCAGCAUUGAAGAAGUCGAAGAAAAGGUAUCAAGGGCAAAGAAAGAUGAAAUUGAACGUUUGACAGGUUUACUGAAAAAGGUUGAAGAAGGAAACAAUAUCAUGAGAGCUCAAAUCGAACUACUGAAGAAAGGAGAGGAUUCAACUGCAUCAAGAGAUGCCCUCAAUAAGCUGACCCAACUGAAUUCUGCAUUGGGAGCGUGAACAAUGAUGGUUGAGCCUGUCUGAGGAUCACUCUCAAUGGAAUCUUCUGUAUAGGGGUGUGGUAGAUGUUAAUUAUAGAUGGGAUGAUAAGUGUUUCAGGAAUCAGCCAGGAUGCUAUUUGAUGAUUCAAGAAUUGUAACGAACACAGAUGUGUUUUUUAGAGAACACAGUUGUGUUUUGGAAAUGAACCUUAGAUCCUGUAGUUGUUUCGCUUACAUGACGUAUCACUUUUGCAUCACUUCA